GCGCGGCUGAGGUGAAGGCGCGCACUCGCCGCCCGUCACACCUCGAGACAGACAGACAGACAGACAGACUCUUUCUCUCUAAGGAUGUCCAUCACUAAAAUUCACGCUCGCGAGAUCCUCGACUCCAGAGGAAACCCCACAGUCGAGGUGGAUCUCUACACGUCUAAAGGUCGUUUCAGGGCAGCUGUUCCCAGCGGUGCCUCCACUGGAGUUCAUGAGGCGCUGGAGCUCCGAGAUGGAGACAAAACUCGCUACCUGGGCAAAGGCACCCAGAAGGCUGUGGAUCAUGUGAACAAGGACAUCGCACCCAAACUGAUUGAGAAGAAGUUCAGUGUUGUUGAGCAGGAGAAGAUCGACACAUUCAUGCUGGAGCUCGAUGGAACUGAGAACAAAUCUAAGUUCGGCGCUAAUGCUAUCCUGGGUGUGAGUCUGGCUGUUUGUAAGGCGGGCGCUGCUGAGAAAGGCGUUCCUCUGUACCGCCACAUCGCCGAUCUUGCAGGAAACAAAGACGUCAUCCUCCCUGUGCCGGCGUUUAACGUCAUCAACGGCGGCUCGCACGCGGGAAACAAACUGGCCAUGCAAGAGUUCAUGAUCCUGCCGGUGGGGGCCAAAAACUUCCACGAGGCCAUGAGGAUCGGAGCUGAGGUUUACCACAACCUGAAGAGCGUCAUCAAAGGGAAAUACGGCAAAGACGCCACCAACGUGGGUGAUGAGGGCGGCUUCGCUCCGAACAUUCUUGAAAACAAUGAAGCUCUUGAACUGUUGAAGUCUGCCAUCGAGAAGGCCGGUUAUCCUGAUAAGAUCAUCAUCGGAAUGGAUGUUGCAGCAUCCGAGUUCUUCAGAGCUGGUAAAUAUGAUCUGGACUUCAAAUCCCCUGAUGACCCGAAGCGUCACAUCACUGGAGAUCAGCUGGGAGAUCUGUACAAGAGUUUCAUUAAGAACUACCCAGUUCAGUCCAUCGAGGAUCCGUUUGACCAGGAUGACUGGGAAAACUGGUCCAAGUUCACGGGCUCAGUGGACAUUCAGGUGGUGGGAGAUGAUCUGACUGUGACCAAUCCCAAACGGAUCCAGCAGGCCUGUGAGAAGAAAGCCUGCAACUGUCUGCUGCUUAAAGUCAACCAGAUCGGCUCGGUCACGGAGUCCAUCCAGGCUUGUAAACUGGCUCAGUCAAACGGUUGGGGUGUGAUGGUGAGCCAUCGAUCAGGUGAGACUGAAGACACUUUCAUCGCUGACCUGGUUGUCGGUCUCUGCACAGGACAGAUUAAGACCGGCGCCCCCUGCAGGUCAGAGCGUUUGGCAAAGUACAACCAGCUAAUGAGGAUUGAAGAAGAGCUCGGUGAAAAGGCCAAGUACGCAGGCAAAGAUUUCCGCCACCCAAAAAUCUAAACGACCCUCUUCAUCAUGAAUAUAAAAACAGUGCAUCCAGUGUUAUUUUUUGCUUUUUUUGGCAAGGGACAAAUAAUAAAACAAACAAAGAAAGCA